AUGCGUAUGUGCCGUGCGAUACUGACGGCGGUGUUCUGGUACGUCAUCGUGCGCCUUUGUGGUUUUGACAGGAAGAAAAAUCAGAAAUGGACAGCGUGGUUCGUCGGCUUCUCUACUUCACAUCUACUUAUGAACUACAAUUUUCGUCCAAAAAUACCACUGAAGUCCCUGGAGGAGUACAAACGGGAAGCGUACUGCUAA